GUAGACUCCACUUGUUUAUAAAAACAUUUACAUGAAGGUAUUUUUGGAAAUGUCUGCAUCAGAUGUGAACAUUUGCAGAAGAGCGUUUGGCAUUACCUGGAUUUCAGAUUAAAAGUCUGAACGUUUAGUCAUGAUGAUGAAAAUAUUCAUUUAUGUAUUUCUGACCAUCGUACAAGUGACAAGCAGUCCUACAUACGUCAUCACGACGCCAGACGUAAUCCGCGUGGACACUAAUAUGACAGUGGGUGUGACUUUAAUGGAUGUAGAUGGAGUGGCGAUACAGCUGUCUCUACAACAGUAUCCUAACAGACAAACAACUUACUCCACAGCCAAUUUCACAGCUUCUUCAGGUAUGAAUAAAAUCACCCUAAGAAUCAACAGCGCUGAUCUCCAGGACAACAGGAAUGACGUAGAACAUGCCUACCUGGUAGCGACCUCUGUUGAUCCGAGGAUGAGAUUUUCACAGGAGUCGGUGGUCCUCGUUAGCAGAGACUCUGGUUUUAUUUUCAUACAGACAGACAAACCGAUCUAUACCCCUGACCAAGUAGUUAAAAUUCGUGUGAUCCCACUCAAUGAGGAAAGAUUGCCAAGUUCGGAAGCUAUUCUUAUAGACGUAAAGAAUCCCCAAGGUAUAAUAAUACAACGCUGGAACUCCACGUGGUCCAGGCGCUUCAUUGCCCACUCAUUUGAGUUACCGGACAUUCCCGUCCUUGGAAACAACUGGACUGUGGAGGCUACUUAUGCUGAAAACAGUGCGGUGAAAACUACUGUUGUGUUUGAAGUUACGGAAUACGUGUUGCCGCGCUUUUCGGUAGAAAUUGACGUUGGAGAUGUAGAAAUCAUUCUACCGACGACUAAUCAAAUCGAAGUUACUGUAAAAUCCAGGUACAAUUAUGGAAAAGUCGUUCGUGGGGAGGCGUAUGUUUCUCUUGGAGUCCAAGUGGAUGGUCGAUAUGAGCUGUGUCAUUUCAGAUUAAACAAAAUGCUGUCUUCUGGAUAUGCCGUCUUCAAUGUAAGCCUGGAUGAGGUGUCAAAAAGCCUGCGUCAGUAUUGGUUUCCGGACGGAGCCAGGUUACAUAUCGAGGCAGAAGUGAUGGAUCAAGCAUCGGGCCGUAAAGAAACCUCUUUUGAUUGGUCAAUCGUAUUUGCACUGCGGCCAUUCAAGAUAACCGUUAAAGACACUAGAUUUUACUUUAAGCCAGGAUUAAGUCACGAAGUUCUCAUACAUACGAUUUGGGUGAAUCGAGAGAAAGCCAAAUAUAUUCCUCUUUCGUUGGACACAACUCGGACGUCUAAAUAUGGGAUGUCAGAGGAAGAUCCUCAAGUGCGUCUGACAACAAACGCCGACGGAGAAUUGAAGUACACAAUUAGCACGAGAACUUUGGACGAGAGGAUUCAGUUUAAGAUUAAAACAAAAGAUUUACGUUUUGAACCAGGUCAACAGGCAAGUUUAACCGUUGACCUUCAUGCCAUGAGGACAACAUCUGGGGCUUUUAUUAGCAUUCGGGCUACAAAGAACCAGGACAAUAUCCAAGUCCUCCUUUUCACAAGUGAACCAUCUACCAGUAACGUGACUUAUAUGGUGUUAGGGCAAGGUAGAAUUCUCUCAUCUGAUUCGGUGAGGAUCUUCAGUGGUAUCCACGCUGUUAUACUACCAGUUCAACCAGCCAUGACACCUAGGUGUAGAAUCUUAGCUUAUUUCAUCAAGAAUACUGCUGUGGGAAGGGAGAUUGUGUCCGACUCCGUUGAGAUGAACAUGGAGGGCAUGUGUAAAACUAAAGAGCUGACCACCACUAUAGAUGAUAGACUGGUUCUUCCUGGAGGAACCUCUGUUCUGAGGGCGGCUGGUGCCCCGGGUUCCUAUGUGGGAUUCGUCGCUGUGGAUAAAGCUGUAUACCUGCUGAAUGACAAGCGGUUGCUGACCAAGCAGACACUUUAUGAAGAGUACAACAAACACACUACAGAUUGUGGAUCAGGAGGUGGCUUCAGCUCUCACCAGAUAUUCCAGGAUUCUGGUUUGACGGUGAUCUCCAACAUCUACAUUCGGAUUUCACGACGAGAUGACAUGGGGUGUAAUCGAAUCUCCAGAAGGCGUCGAUCAUCUGAUGAAUUGACAAGAAUAAUAGACACCCAUCCAUGCUGUGUGGCUGGGGAUCUCUUUGGAAGAAAUCUUACAGAGCAAGAAGAAUGUUUUGAAGAAGGCAAAAAUGUAUUCAAUUUAACCGAAAGUACAGGGUGUUCUAAAGUAUUCUACAAAUGCUGUAAACGUUACUUGUCCGGUACUCCAUCCUCUACAGGAAAGGCGGGGAAAAAUGAAGGAAAAGAAUAUACAUUUCGGGACAUUGAUACAAAAUAUCAACCACAAAUGCGAUCUUAUUUCCCGGAAUCUUGGCUAUUCGAAGAAGCGAUUUUAGAUGCUGAUGGUAACCACUCGGAAAUCCUACAGGUGCCGCAUUCGAUUACCACUCACGUGAUACAUGCGGUGUCAUUGUCAGCUGCUGAUGGUCUAUGUCUGGCGGACAGUGCCGAGAUAGUGGCUUAUCAAGACUUUUUCGUCGACGUUGAUCUUCCUUACAGCAUUGUUAGAAUGGAACAAACGGAAAUACGGGCUACCAUUUACAACUAUCGAAACACUAGUCUACCAUGUCGAAUCUACAUGAAUACAACUGAGGACAUAUGUUCCUCCAAAACCAGCACGAUAUCAGUUCGUGUCAAUCCCAAUGACGCAGAAACAAUACGAUUUCCUAUUGUUCCUCUACGUGCUGGAAGAUUUCCAAUCGAAAUCAUCGUAAGAUCCGUAGGUGUUGGUGAUUGGGUACGCAAGAUCGUUUAUGUAAUUAAUGAGGGAAAGGAGGAGAGGAAAACAGUGUCGUUCUGGGUCGACCCUCAUCUUCAAAAAGGGAGUCCAAAUUAUCGAGGAGAUCUUCGCGUAAACAUUUCACACCCACAGACGACCUUGGGGUUGCAAAAGACGGAUGUAGAUCUUUUUCUUCCGAAAGAUACAAUUCCAGGAACUGGGCAAUGCCAAGCAGCUGCUACAGGGAACAUUAUGGACUCAGUUGUGAUGACGGUUAUUGAUGACGUAGACCAAAUGUUGAAUCGAAUUCCUCAUGGGUGUGGAGAGCAGACGAUGAUUACGCUGGCGCCCAUAGUGUACGCCCUGAAGUAUCUUUACGGAACAAACCAAAUUCAAGAUCACCAUAAACUGCGCGGACAACGUCUUAUUAGCAGAGGUUUCCAGAAAUUACUUCGUUUUCGGAAAACUAACGGAUCUUUUGCAAUAUGGCCACAUAAACCCUCAAGUACGUGGUUGACUGCAUUUGUGCUGAGGGUACUCUGUGAGGCGCAGAAGUACUACCACAUUGAUGACCAGAUAGUGUGUUCAGGGAUCCGGUAUAUAUUGUCCAAACAACGAUCUGACGGAGCAUUCGAUGACGAAUCACCAAUUUAUCAUAAGGAAAUGCUAGGAGGAAAUAUUGGUGAUAUUUCCAGAACUGCUUUCAUCUUAAUCUCCAUCAAGGAAUGCAGCUGUAGACCCGAGGGAGCAGACGUUAACACAGAGAAGGCGGUGCAGUACUUAGAGACGAACCUUUUCUAUGCACGACGGCCUUAUUCCCUCGCCAUCACAGCAUAUGCUCUUGCCUUGUCAAACAGCGCCAGAGUGCACGCAGUCAACCGCAGACUUAAACUUCUGGCGAAGAAUACUUUUUUCUCUACCACUGGAAUCGACGGAUUCAGGUAUUGGGAAGAAGAAACCCAGAAUGUUAGUGAGCUGUACACAUCUCCAUGGUACAAGAGAAACACGCCCUCCAUCAAUGUGGAAGUGACGUCAUAUGCUCUUCUUGCGCAGUUACAGCUCAACGAUUUGGAAUACAGCAAGAACAUCGUGGAAUGGUUACUGGACAAACGGCAGUCAUCCAAGGAAUUUGUUUCAACACAGGAUACUGUAAUUGCUCUCCACGCUCUUUCGUUAUACAACAUCAGAACGUAUGCUCGAGACAUCAACCUCAAUAUUUCUCUGUCCAGCACUGGCGACUCGGCAUUCCAGGGAGACCUGGUGUUGUCACAACGUGACGCAUUGGUUCAAAAAUCUGUCGAAAAUAUCCCCGUCAAUGGAAAACUGGGCGUGGUUUCCCGUGGGAGUGGAGUGGCCCGGAUGGAUGUGGAGGUUCGGUAUAACGUGAACGUCACUGAGGGCGACAUGUGUCAAUUCAGCGUGGAAGUGUUCGACAAGCCAGUAAAACUGGACUUACUUCAGGAAAAAGGAUUCACUCCUGAUGAUCUCCAUUGUGAUGUCUGUGGGUAUUGUACAAUGACGGACCCAGAUGAAUUUACUGAAAUCUCGGACAAAUAUAACGUCCCGAGCCUCGCCCCGAGAAUUAGGGGCCUAUCCUAUCGUUCCAAGAGAUCCUCUACCGGUCAACAGACAAGCAAACGAAUGGUGUGCUUAGAAAUAUGUGUUAGUUACCUAGGGUACCGGAAGCUAGAUAUGCCAGUGGUAGAUGUGGGGAUUCCAACAGGAUUCCGAGUCAUAGACAGCGACCUCAGAAAGUUAAAAUCCAGUGGAAUCGCAGAUAACUAUGAGGUUUCAAAGAGAUCAGUCACUGUGUAUCUCGACAAUAUACCUAGCACGGACGACUUGUGCUUCCAAUUCCGUGUGGUCAAAGAAUUUGACGUCGAAAAUCUGCAGUCCGCAAAAAUAGAAGUUUAUGAUUACUACCAGGAAGAUGAAAGAUGUGUGAAGUUUUACAGUCUCAAAUAUGAGGUGGCGGAUCUAGAUGUUUUCUGCAUUAGGGGUAACUGCACAUGUAUCGAAGAUUCGUGUGCUGAAUCUUGGGAUGCUAAAUUACAGUACAGACAAAUCUCCAAACCCCAGCUGUAUCAACGGACCUGUAACCUGUAUGAUUACGUGAUCAGGAUAGAAGUUACCAAUGUUAUUGUGUCCGGAAAUCAUCUUGUUUUCUCAACUAUUGUUAAAUCCGUCAUCAAACCAGGUAAAGGCAACAUUCAACGUAAUGAUGAGAUUGAGUUUUGGGUGAAUCUUCGAUGUGAAAGCGACCUGGAGGUGGACCAUUAUUUUUUCGUAUAUGGCAAGAACAGCAUUGUAUAUACAGAUGAAAGGGGACAUAACAGAUAUCGGUAUUACCUACAAGGCGAGACAGCCAUUUUUAAGGACUACACUAGAACUGAAUACGCCGUCAAUGUGGAUUUGCGUUACUGGGGCCGAUACCUCUGGCGAUUGGAGCGGUAUAUCCGAAGCAGAGGGUGCUAAUUAUUUUAGUGUCCGAACAUCGUCACAAAGAUCCUUUCACCUGGUAGGAGAAAGCGGAAUAUAUGCUAGACCGUGGCUUGAAGAUGGUUUUUCUAUUGUUAUAUAACUAUAUAUGUUACAAAAAGAGAUUUGCAUUAUUACUUUUGUUAUGUAAAUGUACAUUGGCAUUACACGAUGUAAAUUUUGUUGUUUAAUUGAUUUUGAUACUUGCAAUGUAAUAUCACUAAACCCGGGUUGUCAUAUUGUAAUAAAGAUAAUGAGAUGCAUUUUUCCAAACA